AUGCAGUUCGAAAGCCCUGGCCACAGCUGCUUUGUUCUAGGCUGUUCAUCUUCCGCCCUUGGGUGCCUGGUCAUCACUGGAUCAACUUGGAAUGUUAAUGACUUUGCUGAUGGCACCAUCACCACAACUGAUAGCGGCGUUCAAACCUGCGAUGGCAACGGAGGUACUGGAGACAACAACGUUGACUGCAUUUCCGGUUCCUCGCUAAAACAUGACUAUACCGACAACAAUGGGAACGGACCGCUGCCAAUCACCUACUGUAACCCAUCGAACUGGAAUGAUUUUGGAGGCGUGCAAUUUGCGGAGGAAGCAUAUGAGGAGAAGAGGAGGGUUGGAAUUCGAGAACAACAUCUUAGAACUGUUAGUUUUAGGACUGAAGACUUGGGGUUUCUAUAUGUCCAACGCUCCGGUACCAGAUCGAGGCCACAAAUACAGGCCCCAGGCGUAGAAGAUCUAAUGAUAAGCACAAAGGUUUUCCGAAGAGAGUUUAUCAGAAAGACAUUCCAAGAAACAGAGCUCGGCAAUGUGGAUACGUGGGCGGACCUGAGACGACUGGACACUAUACCCUCUGAACUCUACUCCCGAAUUAUGUGCUGCCUUGAUGCGCCGACCCGUAAGACACUCGAGCUUGCGUCAAAAGGGAUACGCAACAGGACUCAAGAGGCCUCGUUGAAGGCGAAAUGGAUCGAACUCAGAGUUACCAAUGACAUGACAGGGUUCUAUCAUCUAUUGGAGGUGGCAUACAAUAAGGAUAUUUGCUCAUACCCUGAGACUCUUUGGUUUGAGCCCAGAAGGCUCACAAACGCGGGGCAGAUGGCGUCCACUUUACCUCCUUGGCUAGAUACUUCUAGAAUUGACUCGUUCCCGGCGACUAGCCAGAUUUCCGACGCGGUGAAGAAGAUUUCGAACAUCAAGACCAUAGUUAUCGAAUAUUGUCGGUCCCCACGAAGUGCAAACGGCACCAGCGGCAAGUUUCUUCAAAUCAUAUUCUCAGCCCUUACGGAUGCCGGGGCUCAGCCUGAGUAUCUAUAUCUGUUCACGAAGGAUUCAAUUCAACCCACGACAGAGUUACUGACGGUUGUAGCUUGUGAAUACUACACUCCCCCCAGCAAUGUUCGUAUUGUAUGGUAUAAGCUGGUCUUCUUGGCGGUGGGUGAGCCCUCUGAUGGGCCAAGCAGGGAGUAUAUUGCCCAUAUGUUCACCUCGUUGUUUUUAGACGCUUGGAAGCUAAAGUAUCUGCUGUGGCAUGGCUUCCCGGUACAUCCUAUGUGUCAUUGGUGGAGAAGGCUAAUGAGACUGGCUAUCAAUCCCUUUGACGGGGUGGACCCCAAAGAAGUGAACGGCGUGGAUCUCUGGAGAUUGUCGAUCGAAUAUGUGGAUAUCAGCACUGAAGACCUCAUUCGAUUUCUCGAGCUGUAUGGAAAACACCUAACGAUACUCGUCCUCUAUCGGGUUUAUGAUCCUGAAGGGGGCUGGCUUAAAGUUCUCAAACUGCUCAAGGAUAAAAGAAUCUGUCCCAAGGUGCAGCGCGUGAGGCUUGUCGUCGGACGUAUCCUGGUGAAUAGUCAGCAAAUCCAAGCGCACUCAGAUAAACUGGAAUAUGAUACGGACAACCCCGAGUUGAAUGAUAUAGAUCGGGCAAUCGCUCGGUGCGAGGAAAUGGGGUACUAG